AUGUCUCAGUUGUUAACUGGACCUUCCCAGCUGCCGUACUAUACAACGACUUGUUUAUCUGAGUAAUAAGACGUUCAUACUAAGUGGAUUAGAGUGAGAAACAUGUCUGAAUAUUCACAUGUAAAAUCAACUAAGCUUGUUCUGAAGGGUCAGAAUAAAGGAAAAAAGAAGAAGCACAAAGAUAAAAAGAGAAAAUCUGGAAAUGACGAAGAUAAGCAAGAUAUUGUUGGUGGUUGGUGGUGUGUCAGUAGUUUCGGAGACAUUGCAGGAACGGUUGCCAUAGAGAUGCAGAACAACUCAUACAUUCAUGCCCUGGAUACUGGGCUCUUCACACUUGGCGCACCACAUGGAGAUGACGAGGGCCCGGACCCACCAGAGCAGCUCACCGCCAUUAAACUGUCAGACACAAGGAUUGCGUUUAAAUCUGGAUAUGGAAAGUACCUGGGCAUCAACUCUGAUGGUUUGGUGAUGGGUCGCUCCGACGCCAUUGGCUCAAGAGAACAAUGGGAGCCCGUCUUCCAGGACGGUAAAAUGGCUCUGCUGGGUGCAAAUAGCUGUUUCAUCUCCUACAGUGAUGAUGGAGACAUCGUGGCCAACAGCAAAACAGCGGGGGACGCCGAGAUGCUGAAGAUCCGGACCAAUACAGAACGGGAAGUCAAGCACAAAGAUGAGCUUGCAGAUGAGGACAGAGGGAAUGUGAAAUCCUGUGAGGUCAAUUAUGUGUAAGUUAUCACCACAGUUUCAAUGAAUAUUACUCAUUUAUGCAACAGCAGCGUGCGUGUUACAUCAGCAUCUUAUCGGCUCUGCAGCCUGCAAUGUGCACAACAAAAAACUCAAAAAAAUCCAACGCUCUUUACUUAACAGUCAUAAACAUUCAUAAAGACUCCUUCAUGUUCAUAACAGAAGCUAUGUCAUGUUUAUGACAGUGUCAUGUCAGUCUUCUGCACACCCCUUCAGAUAGUGUUACUGUUAUGUAAUUUCAGGAGAAUUUCUUUGAAUUGUGUAUAUAUAUUUAUUAUUCACCAACAGAUGUAUAUACAACAAACAUUAGAGUGACAGAAAGCAAAAAGGGGUAUUGAUCUACAAAACAAUUAACCGGAUAAUAGAACGAAUAACGACAACAGAAAUAACUCAUAACUCACCGGCAAUGAAAUGUCAUUUAAAAACAUGGAGUAUAUUUUAUUGAAAUAUUCGAGUUGGUUUUUAUGUAUUGCUGAUUGUUGCUCCAUUGAUCUCUGAUGUGUAAGUAGAUCUAGCCAUUGUGAGGUACUGAUUUUUUUCCUAUUUUACCAGUUAAGCAGUUACAGGUUUUUAUGUCAAAUAAAAUAAGACUUGUGAAAAUAAAAGAAUAAAACACGUUGAACACUUACUCACCUGUUGUGAUGCUAAUUGAACACUAGGUGGCGCGUUUCUUAAAGAGACCCAAUUUCAAGACGUUAAAUUAUGAAAUAAGUCAUAUUUGCUGUAUAGUGCAUUUUUUAACAAGUGAAGUUAACAUAGUUACUUCAUUAUGCUUUAAAUUGACACUGUGUGGCUGGAAAACACAUGAUUCUUCUCCUUUAACACAAAGUUCCCAGCAAAGAGCAACAGAGUCAUUUAAAACAUGUUGUUAGAAGGAGCUAAGUAAAGAAAUGUCACCACAGAUAUCCUACAAUUGUCUUCCCCAACUGUUACAUCGCAUUAAACUGUUUUUGUUCUGAUGAUAGCUUUGUUUGUCAUCUUUUAUGUGUGUCAUUAAAUCCACACUGCUGUGCAAUUUGUCCUAAGCACUACUGCUGCAUCAGACGUGUGUAAUGGUGUCUGGAUGUUUU